CCCCCCUAAAAAACAAUCCAUUUUUUUCCUUUUACUAACGUUCCUCGCCUUCCUAUGGAAAUUGAAAAGGGCUGAAAAACAAAAUCACCUAACUGCGCACAAAUACAGGUCGUUUCUCCGGCGAUAGUCGUCUCCGUUUUGCCGUCUAAUCGCUUCUUGCCGAGUGGCGGAGGGUUAUGUCGAGCGAGGAGAGUUACCUGGCCAUCCAGCGCUACCUGACCGACGAGCGGGAGCCCUACGCUCCGGGGACUGAGGGCAAUGUCAAGCGGAAGAUCCGCAAGGCGGCCACCUGCUACGUGGUGCGAAACGGGACGCUGUACUACCAGCGGCGGCAGAAGGGCCAGGAGAAGUUCACGGAGCUGGAGGUGGUUCUGCAGGCCGGGCGGCGGAAGGAACUGAUCGAUGAAGCGCACAUCACCGCCGGAGGAGAGCACCUCAACCGGCAUCAGACCUGGCACACGAUCUCGCAGAAGUACUGGUGGCGAGGCAUCCUGAAGCAGGUGAAGGACUACAUCAAGGUGUGCAGCCCGUGCCAGGAGAAGCAGGAACGCUCGCGCGGGUGGUCCGACGAGGCGCCCGGGGAGGGCUCGGAGCGAAGGGGGCGCAAGGCGGCCCACGACAGCGAUGAGGACGAGGACGAGGACGGCGCCCUGGGGCCACAGCCCGGAUCCGCCACCUCCAAGCCCUGCAGGCCCUCCAAGGCCAUCGCCAAGCAUGAGCUCGUCUUCGUGGACACUAAGGGUAUUGUGAAUCAGCACUCAGCCAAGCAUGGCCAAGCCAUGCUGGACAAGCUGAACCAGCAGCGCCUUAACAACCAGUUCUGUGACAUCACCCUGCUGGUCGAGGGGGAGGAGUACCGCGCACACAAAUCUGUGCUGGCGGCCUGCAGCGCCUACUUCAGCGAGCUGUUUAUCGAGAAGGGGGCCGUCUCCAGUCAUGAGGCUGUGGUGGAUCUCUCAGGGUUCAGCAAAUCCAGUUUCCUUCCCCUGCUGGAGUUUGCCUACACCUCCAGCCUGACGUUCAACUUCUGCAGCAUGGCUGAGAUCGCCACACUGGCCCGCCACCUGCUCAUGGUGGAGGUGCUGGAGAUCUGCGAGUUUGUGCACAAGCAGGUGGAGGAGAAGAAGCUGAUGGUGUACCAGAAGGGGGACGUGCACACUGUGGUUUCCUCCGAGGUCCUGCCCAGUGGCCCGCUUGUGACUGAGGCAGCCGCAGAGCCCCCUGCAGAGGGGGGCGGGGCAGGAGACCCGCACCCAGAUGGCACCCCUUUCGUGGUCACGGUUCAGAACGACCCCCCCAUGCCGCAGAGCGAGGAGGCGGGGCCUGCAGCAGACGGGCCUGCGAAUCCGACCGCGUGGGCGGCCGGCGAGGUCCAGAUUGUGGAAGUUCCGGGCGAGGCGGAGCUGGCCGAGAAAGGCCAGGAGCCGGAAACCUUUGUGAUCAACGUGGACCCCGGAAGGGGGGCCUCCAAAGGCGUGGUCCACCUGGCGGCCACGGCUCCCCCCGUUCUGGAGGAGGGCCAAGCGGCGCUGGAGGCGGGGGGGGCGGAGGGUGACCCUCCGCCCAAGACGGAGCCCGCCCCCCUGCCCCCCAAGAGGAAGCGCGGCCGGCCGGCCAAGGUGAAGCAGCCGCCGCCGCCGCCGCCGCCGCCGCAGCAGGAGGUGGUGCUGGUGGAAGACGUCGCAAACCCAGAGGCCGUAGAAGUGGUGGACUACGGCGCCGCCCCGGAGGGGGAGGAGAGCCCCGCUGACGACACUUACAGAAGCCGGCUGCGGCAGCGCUCGCUGGAGGAGGGGGGCUACAUCCGCCUGCACAUGGGCCUGGAGAGGAAGCUGCAGAGCAGGAAAGGAAACCCGCGAUCGGCUGUACAGAAGGUCGCCCAGCGGCUGGUGAAACGUGGCCGGCUGCUGCAGCCCUCGAAGAAGCCGGUGGCGGAGCCGGACACCGGGACAGACGGGGAGCACGUGUGCUCUGAGUGUGGGAUGGUCUUCCAGCGCCGAUAUGCCCUCAUCAUGCACACGCUCAAGCAUGAGAAGACGCGUGGGUACAAGUGCAGCCUGUGCAACAAAGACUUCCAGUACGCGGCCUCCCUCCGCGCUCACCUGGCUCGGCACAAGCGGAAGACCCAGCGGACGGGGGUGGCCAGGGGGCCCGCGGAGGACGAGGGCGACGCCAAGGCCAGGGGCCGGACCAAGAGGGAGUUCGUGUGCGACAUCUGCGGGAAGACUCUGCCCAAGCUCUACUCCCUGCGGAUACACAUGCUCAGCCAUACCGGGGUCCGCCCCCACGCCUGCAAGGUUUGCGGGAAGUCGUUUGCCCACAAGCACAGUUUGAAGAUGCACAGGUCCCUCCACGAUGCCCUGAAGCAGUUUCAGUGCACGCUGUGCGACAAGUCCUUCGUCACCAAGCGCAGCAUGCAGGAGCACAUGAGCAUUCACACAGGGGAGUCAAAAUACUUGUGUGCAGCCUGUGGGAAGUCAUUUCACAGAGCGUCUGGACUGAGUAAGCACUUAAAGAGACAUCAGCCAAAGCCAGAGGUCCGGGCCUUCCCUUGUACACAGUGUGACAAGAGCUUCUACGAGUCUCGCGAUCUCCAGCAGCACAUGAACAAGCACUUGGGCUUGAAGCCCUUCCAGUGCCAGGUGUGUGGAAAGUGCUACAGCUGGAAGAAGGACUGGUAUUCCCAUGUCAAGUCCCACAGCGUUGCGGAGCCCUUCAAGUGUAACGUCUGCGGGAAGGAGUUCUACGAGAAGGCUCUGUUCCGGAGGCACGUGAAGAAGGCCACUCACGGCAAGAAGGGGCGCGUGAAGCAGAACCUGGAGCGGGAGUGCGAGCACUGCGGCCGCAAGUUCACGCAGCUGCGCGAGUACCGCAGGCACAUGAACAACCACCAGGGCGUGAAACCGUUCGAGUGCCUGACCUGCGGCGUGGCGUGGGCGGAUGCCCGCUCCCUGAAGCGCCACGUGCGCACCCACACGGGGGAACGCCCCUACGUCUGCCCGGUGUGCCAGGACGCCUACAUCGACGCCCGCACCCUGCGCAAGCACAUGACCAAGUUCCACAACGACUACAUCCCCGGCAAGAUCAUGCUGGAGAAGGACACGCUGCAGUUCCACAACCAGGGGACGCAGGUGGAGCACGCCAUCAGCAUCAUCGCCGCCGACCUGCCGCCCGAGCUGCGGCCCCCCGAGGAGGAGCAGGUGGCCGAGGAGAUCGAGACGGUGCUGGUCACCGAGGAGACCAUCGAGGCCGUGCAGGCCGUGGCGGCCACCGAGGAGUGCGGCACGGUGUCCACGCUGUCCGACCAGAGCAUCAUGCAGGUGGUCAACUACGUCCUGUCCCAGCAGCAGGGGGGCGGCGGCCCUGCCAAGCUGGCCGAGGACACCCCCGAUGCGAUCCAGACCGUGGAGGUGGAGGUGGCCCACGUGACGGAAGCAGAGUGACCUUCGUCACGGACGUCCUCUUCACAGAAUCGGCACGGUUCUUCCUCCUGCGACAAAAUGGCCUUGCGUAGCUGGGGUUGUUCUCCUGACAGCCAGGGUACCAGGGAAUGAGCCUCCAUCCGCGUGGCAGUCCGGGUUCAGUUUGGGAAUCGGCCUUUCCUGCGUUUUCCAAAUGAUCACCUGGUCCUGCCUGUGAGGAGUUGUCUGUAAAUGUGUAAAUAUCAAGUUGCGCUUUUUUUUUGGGGGGGGGGGGAAUUUUGACAUGGCACCUGCAGGCUGAUGAAUUCUCAUUUUCUCCAGUUUUUCUUUUGUCAAAACCUGGUCUGUAAUGUUGCAUAUUUGGCUACAUGAGCUGUAAUGAUACUAUACAUGAGCAGUUUAUUGGUAUUCUACACAAUGUGUACAUGUAUGCAGGGAAGUGUAUGUUGUUGCCCAUAAACUUCUUAGGCUAAGACUUACCUGGUUUGCAGCUUCUUUAUAAUACUUGCAAUUUGUAUGCUGUAUAGUUUUCCCCCUAAUGUAAUCAUAUAAUAUGUGGCCAAAGAAAUGCCUCGAGAGUGAUGCAAAAAAUGAUAUGAUUGCCAGAGGAGGAAGGUUAAAUUUAGCAAUGCUGGAUUAAAAACAAUCUUAACAGUAGAAGUCUUUAAAUGGUGUGAAAAAUGUUCUCCUUUGUUCAUCUGUAAGCCUUUCUUGAAUAUUAAUGAGUGAAAUUGAAUUUCAUCUUUAGGUAAGUUGCAAGAAACAUUACAAAAAAAAAAGCAUUCCAAAAUGUGAGUAUGUAUUUUAUCAGUGAAGACUCCUGUAAAAUUCAUUUUGCACACGAUGUUUACUGCAGAAUAAUGGGUAACCUGAAACUGUGAAAAGGUCAGCCAAGCGUUAAGGUGUAUGAUGAAUAUACCGUACUGGUUUCCAGUAACAUUUCUGUGAUAAAAGUAUAAUCGUUCUUUUUGCUUGUAUAAAUUGCUGGAUGGUCUGAGUGACUAAUUAAAAAAGAACAUACAAAGUG